GGCCAAACCCAAUCCCAAAUUACCUCUGUUUUCUCUCUGAUCACUCCCCUCAAGAACCCUAAAUUCACUUCUUUUUCCAACAAAAAAAAAAAAAAAAAAAAAAAAAAAAACCAUUCUUUCUCCUCACCCUCUUCCCAUUUCUUGCCUCUCUCAAAUGGGUUCUCUUCAUUUCGUCUCUUAAUCCCAAAUUCCACCUUACCCGUCUGCUGGGAUUUUCCAAAUGGACUGAGAAACCUGUUCUUUCUCUUUAAUUUUCAUAUUUUUCAUAUUUCCCAUCUGGGUUUUCAUUCUAUGGCCGCGGUUGCUGAGAAUUCCGGUGAGGCAGCGGCUGCCAAGAAUUUUGAUCCGCAGAUGAAACCCAAAUCACAAUUUGAUGCUAAUAACCUCGCUGAAAUGUUCAGUAAUUUGAACCCUUUGGCUAAGGAGUUUUUCCCUUCCUCUUACUCUCAUCAUGAUCGCCAAGAUUUUCAAUUCUAUUAUCAAAACAAUACUCGAUCGUCGGCCAAAGCCUUUCAGGUCGCCGAUCAACUGUUGGACGGUGAUAUCAAUCGCAGGAGACGAAGCGACUUUAAUAACCAGGGGAGAAGAAGAAUGAAUAACAAUAGAUCUGUCAGGGCUCAGCAAGAGGAAAGUAUAAGGAGGACUGUCUAUGUAUCUGAUAUCGAUAAGGAUGUCUCUGAAGAGGAGCUCGCCAAGGUAUUCAGGGAGUUUUGUGGUUAUGUUAAUGAUUGCCGAAUAUGUGGCGAUCCCCAUUCAGUUCUUCGUUUUGCUUUUGUGGAGUUUGCUAAUGAGCAUAGUGCUAGAACAGCCAUAGGCCUUAGCGGGACGGUGGUCGGGUCUUAUCCAGUUAAGGUAUUGCCUUCAAAGACUGCCAUUCUUCCUGUGAAUCCUACCUUUCUCCCUAAGUCAAACGAUGAAUGGGAUAUGUGUACAAGAACUAUCUACUGCACAAAUAUUGAUAAGAAGGUAUCUCAGGCUGAAGUUAAGAGUUUCUUUGAAACAUCUUGUGGUGAGGUAACUCGCUUGAGGUUGUUGGGGGAUCAGCUGCAUUCGACCCGUAUAGCGUUUGUCGAGUUUGCUAUGGCAGAGACGGCUCUUCAAGCACUGAAUUGUAGUGGCAUGAUCUUGGGAUCUCAGCCAAUCAGGGUAAGUCCUUCUAAGACUCCGGUUCGGCCACGGGUUACUCGUCCGGGAAGCAUGAAGCCAUCUUGAACAGGCGAACUCUGAAUGUCCCAAAUGUUGGUGGUAAACUUUGAUUACAGUAGUUAUAAGUAUAGGUUGGACAAUGAAAUUCAGACAAGUUGUGAAUUGUUUGAAGUGUUGGUGAAACUUUUAGCUUCUGUGGCUGAACUUGUUCAUAACUCUUCUUCAAUUGAAGUUCUUCAUAUCACUGAGUUUCAAUCUUAAAACUGCUAUAUGUUUUGGUUUCUUAA